AUGAGGUGUGAUGUUUACAAUCAAGACUUCCAGGGGCCUGAUGCAGAGCCCUUCAUGACUCCCAUGCGGGAUGCUGUUCUGCAGACUGCCCCCUCAAAAUACUAUGGCAUGCUGGUUUCAGUUUUGAGCCCUGUGGUGGAAAAGUCAGUGCAGACCACAGCCCAACUGGUGGUAGACUUAGGCAAAACUGAAUGGUUGAAACAAAAGAAGGGUGUCCACAGUGCAGCCAAGAAGGUCAUGGAAUUUGCCUCUCUCUCUUUUUCUCUCUCCAAUUAUUCAUUCAUCUCAUUUUCCGCGCGCUGCCCUACGCUCCCGACACGCCCGCGCCCCCCCUUUCUCCCCCCGCGCGCGGGACCCCCAAAGUCCAGGCCGCGCUCGGGACACGGAGCCGAAGCCGUCGGCCCGCAGCAAACUCCGGGGGGCGGCGGCGGCGGCAACCAGAUCAGCCCGGCCCGCGUCAAGUGGCCCAGGAACGCCUUCGUGGUGUGGUCCGGCGGGCGGCGGCGCAAGAUGGCCCAGGAGCGCCCCAGGAUGCGUAACUCCGAGAUCAGCAAGCGCCUGAGCACCGAGUGGAAACUUCUGUCGGAGACGGAGAAGCGGCCGUUCACGGACGAGGCCGAGCGGCUGCGAGCGCUGAACAUGAAGAAGGAUAAGUACACGCUGCCCCGCGGGCCGGGCCCCGGCGGCGACAGCGUGGCGAGCGGGGUCGGGGUGGGCGCCGACCUGGGCGCGGGCGUGAACCGGCGCAGGGACAGGUGCGCGCACACGAGCGGCUGCAGCAAUGGCAGCUGCCGCGCUAUGCAGCACCGGCGGGGCUGGCGGCAGCUCUUGGGCCUCGACACGCACGGCGCCGCGCAGAGGCAGCCCAGGCACCGGCACGACGUGAGCGCUGGGCAGUACAACUCCAUGGCCAGCUCGCAGACCUGCGUGAACGGCUCGCCCACCUACAGCAUGUUCUGCUUGCAGCAGGGCACCCCUGGCAGGGCUCUUGGCUCCAUAGGAGCGGUGGUCAAGUCCGAGGCCAGCUAUCCCCCUGUGGUUACCGCUUCCUCCCACUCCAGGGCGUCCUGCCAGGCUGCGGACCUCCGGGACGAGAUCAGCAGGAACCUCCCUGGAGCCGAGGUGCGGGAACUUCCCGCCCCCAGCAGACUUCACCUGUCUCAGCACUACCGGGCUGCUGCUAGUGACCACUCACCGGGCUGCUGGAGGCUUCACCCUUGCCCUCCCGCAAGAGCCGCCAGCUGA